GAGGGGGAAAAGGCGGGAAAAUGUGAGGGAAAGGGAGGUGAGGAGCUGAAAAAGCUGCAGAAGGCUGCAGCGAUGGACGUGGACCCGCCCAGUGAGGAGCUCUGUGGCCGGGACUCCCCGAGACCCCCGUGUGUUCCCGUGUCCCCCCGCCCCAGGGACAAGGGGUUCCAGAGUGUUCCGGAGGGACACGUUGUCCCCACGUCCCACCCAGUUUCCCCCCCAGGUCCCCCUGGGGGGGUCCCACGGCUUGAGAUGCUGCUGAAACGGAUUCACAGCCUGCAGAGCGCCCGUCGGACCAUGGAGAAGGAGCUGGAGGAGGCACAAAACCGCAGGGAGGGGCUGCGUCAGGACCUGGAGCAGCUGAAGCAGCGCAAGGCAGCACUGGAGGGCGUCUGGCAGCAGGUGCAGGACUCUCUGCGGGCAGUGCGGCUGCACAGGCAGGAGGUGGAGGCCGAAGGUCAGAGGCACCGGGGGCUCUGCCUGGAGCGGCAGCAGGGCCUGGAGGGGGCAGAGGAACAGCGGGAACAGCUCCGGCACCUGCGCCGGGAAUGCAGGAGGGAGUUCUGGCAGCAGCUCGAUGCCAUCAUAGACGAGCACAAGCGCCUGCGCGACAUGCACGCCCCGGCCCACCUGGAGGCUGAACUGGUGCGACUGGAGAGCACAAAGGAGAAGCUGCUGAGCCUGGAGCGGUGCCUGAUGGAGAUUGAGGAGCAGGUGGGCCCAGAGGCCCCUGUGGUCACGCGAUUGGUGGAGCAGGAGCAGGAGGAGGCACAGCAGCAGCUGGAGAUGCAGCUGGGCCUGCGGGAUCAGGAGCUGCAGCGACGGGACAGGCUGGCAGAGGAGCUGAAGCAGCUGCAGCUGCCCGGGGAGGCUCUGGAGUGACAGGAGAGGAGACAGGAGGGACCCGCGGGACACUUGGGUACCUGUGUGGCAACUGUGUGUCACCUGUGGCACCUGUGAGGCGCCUGUGUGGUACCUACAGGACACCUGUGUCACCUGUGUGCCACUUGUGUGUCACCUGUGGCACCUGUGUGGCACCUGUGUUACCAGCGUGUCACCUCUGUGCCAUCUGUGUGGCACCCACAGGACACCUGUGUCACCUGCAUGUCAACUGUGAGGCACCCAUGUGACACCUGUGUCAGCUGCAUGUCACCUGUGUGUCACCUGUGUCCCCCCAUGUCCUCGUGUCCCCUCAAUCCCUCCUUGUCCCUGCCAUGUCCCUCAUAUCCCGAUGUCCUUCCACGUCCCCCCCACGUCCCCAAUGUCCCCAACAUCCCCCACCGUGUCCCUCCAUGUCCCUCCAUGUCUCCU